AUGCCGGCGACUGAAUUUGACCCCCACUUAGCAGCCCAGCUUCACAACCAGAUCUUUGAACGCGCGUGGGUUGGGGCCGGACGAGAUGUCUCUUCGCUUCCGUCCAAGAGCUGGUGGGGAGAGUCGUCCCCAGUGCCCUUCGACCUCGCAUCUCGCCUGAACCCGAAAUUGAUCCAGUUUCUACGGUCGGCAAAAGCUAUUAUAUUCGACCCUUCCUCGGAUUUUCAUCUUUUCUAUUAUCUGAUAGCACUCCAUGGGAAAGACGACAUUCUAGAUGUACAAGACUCUCCCCUCCGAAGGUGGGGGGACGAUCGCUUAGUGUGGUUAUACCCCUCGACGCGGACCGAGAGUGAUGAAGAAAUCGGUAUACUAUUCGAUCAAGAAACCGAGCUAGCUUCCUUUGUCCCAGACUGGGGAGAUCUGAUCUGGUUUGAUCUAGAACGGUGGCCAUGGCGGCCGUUACAAUGCAUUCUGCAAGCCUAUCUGGACAUGAUCGACGAAGGCAAACUCACAACAUAUUCCGACCGCGGAAAGAGAUAUUCAGACCAAUUGAUCAGAGUAUUCCCUUGGGAGUUCCAUCAAUAUACUCCGGUAGAUGUUGAGAGGGCUGUUAGUGCCUUUACGCGCCUUCUUGAUGCCAUCGAGGCUCGUCUUCCUUCAAGUUCGAUACAUCAUGGGCUCGAGCAGCAAAGCCUUGGACAGAUUCCUCUUCCUUACCCGGAAUCCGUUCUCAGAGCUUCAUCGAUAGAAGUAGAUUCUUUUACCGGACAAUUUCUCUCGGGUCUUCCCGUCCGUCAACUCGAUUUUCGCUAUAUUGCUCCCGGCAUCAGAGUCCAAAGUUCCGAUGAAUUCAUUAAUCAGCCAUUCGCGGAACGCUCUACUGACGAUGAGCCGUCGUUUCCCCUACUCUUAUUUCGAGGAGAGCAGGAGAAUAAAUCGCCCUGGGUUCGGCCUUGGUUUCCUGGCGGAAAUACUGAGGAUAUUCCAGCUGGUUUAUAUGUUGAACCCGUCGAGGAUUGUUGUAGCUGGAAAUCUAGCAACGACAGUCGACUCCUACUACCGUAUGAGAUCGGCCACAGCGGGUUUGCUCGAAGUAGUAAUGGUCUUCCAUUUAUCAAACAGGCUAGGGGUGGAAGUACUGAGUCUGAUCAACUCUAUCGGUCGGAUUCGUUUAGUGGGUAUAGUGGUUAUCUACCUUGGGAUUCACGUAGCUCAUAUUUGCACAAAGUGUUAGAAAAUUGGGUUGAUCGAGUGGAAACAGGUGAUUGGCUGGUUGGCGAAGACGGCGUUGUCGGUGGUAUUGAGAAGUUCAAAGAGGCUGAUACUAAGGAACAUUGGCAAGAAUAUGUUAUUCCUUGGUGA